AUGAACGCUCCGUUUGCCAGCCAAGACAGCCCCAUCCCCAAUUCCGUACCAAGUGCUCCCAGCCACAGCGCCAGCGGCAGCGGCAGCGGCACCACCAACAACCAACCCGGUGAUCUAUUCAAUAGCAGCAUUAUCGACGCACUCUGGUCCCUAAACAAUCUCGAUGACAUCAAUCAAAGCGUCGAGCUGCAGUGUCUCAUGCAGGAGCACAUCGAGGCCAAGACCUAUGCCAAUUCAAGCGACCAUUGCCUCACCCAGUUCGACUCGAUACUCUGUUGGCCUCGCACCGCCCGAGGCACUCUCGCCGUGCUCCAGUGCAUGGCCGAGCUAAAGGGCAUACAUUACGAUAGUACAAAAAAUGCGACUCGGUUUUGCCAAGCGAAUGGUACCUGGGCGAAUUAUACCAACUACGAUGCCUGCUUGCACCUGCCGGCUCCGGAAACGGUGCCCGAGUUUGAGACCAUAGUUGAGCUCCCCACUAUCAUUUAUUAUAUCGGCUACACCAUAAGCCUCGUAUCGCUGACACUGGCGCUGAUAGUUUUCGCCUACUUCAAAGAGCUGCGCUGUUUACGGAACACCAUCCACGCCAAUUUAUUCUUCACGUACAUCAUGUCGGCAUUGUUCUGGAUACUCUUGUUAUCUGUGCAGAUAUCCAUACGGAGUGGCCUGGGUAGCUGCAUUGCUUUAGUCACGCUCUUUCACUUCUUCACGCUGACAAACUUCUUUUGGAUGCUGGUGGAGGGUCUUUAUCUGUACAUGCUGGUGGUGAAGACCUUCUCGGGUGACAACAUACGCUUUAACAUCUACGCAUCCAUAGGCUGGGGUGGUCCAGCUCUGUUUGUUGUCUCGUGGGCAGUGGCCAAAAGUUUGACAGUUACUUACAACAAUGCGAAGCAGUAUGACAUCAACUGCCCCUGGAUGGAGGAGACAAAUGUUGAUUGGAUAUUUCAGGGUCCCGUCUGUGCGGUACUCAUCAUAAAUUUAACAUUUCUAUUGCGCAUCAUGUGGGUUCUAAUUACCAAACUGCGUUCGGCCAACACCGUGGAGACGCGUCAAUACAGAAAGGCUGCUAAGGCACUGCUUGUGCUCAUACCGCUCUUUGGCAUUACCUAUCUGGUGGUCCUGGCUGGUCCUAGUGAGUCGGGGGUCAUGGGUCACAUGUUCGCCGUUCUGCGAGCCGUUCUGCUGAGCACACAGGGCUUCUCGGUUUCGCUGUUCUACUGUUUUUUCAACUCGGAAGUACGCAACGCGCUUCGUCAUCACAUCUCCACUUGGCGAGACACGCGCAACAUUCAGCUGAACCAGAACAGACGCUACACAACAAAAAGUUUUACCAAGGGCGGCAGCUCACCUCGAGCUGAGAGCAUGCGUCCACUCACUUCUUACUACGGGCGGGGCAAACGCGAGUCCUGCGUAUCCUCGGCCACAACCACAACGUUAGUGGGGCAUCAUGGCCCAUUGGCAGUGCAUCGUGGGUCCAACAGUGCUCUCCACAUGCUCCCCACAACAACCGCGAGCGCCGCUUCUGGCAGCACGCUCAGCGUCAUGCCACGCGCCAUCAGUCCCCUUAUGAGGCAUGGACUGGAAGAGAACUCUGUGUAG